CUCUUUUGCCCCAGUAGCCUACAUGUCUCGACUUCCUCCCCUCCUCCUCCCGAACCAAGACCUCAAAGUGAGUCAGCUCCGUGUUGGGUUUUACAUUGAAAAUUGAGAAAGGGCUGCGACCGCAGUCCUGACUGAGCAGCCAAAAGGAUCCUGCCUGCCUUUUCGCGUCAGCCAGCAAAUUCGGGGGUUUAUGGGCGAUAAACGCCUUGCACGUGUCACAUAUCUUCCCCGCUGCAAGUGCUGAUUGUCAUUCAAAGCCUGACUCACUGAACUGCGCAAAAAGAAAAUAUGAGGCUUUCUUUGGCUCGUUCCGGAGUCAUUUGGCUAAUAAAAAGGCUUGCUUCCACAUGAAAAUGCCAAAUCAAGGCAACCAUCUGCCUGCAAGGACAUGCAUCAGGCAAUGUGCUGGCAAGAAAGGCAGAUCAAGGAUCUCGGCCUCAUUCAUCUCUUUGCUUUAGACCGGGAGGGACGGUGCUGAGAGGGUUUAUAAACCUCGCAUCGUUUCUGCCUCCAUCCUUUGAAUUUUAGAAUUAUACAGAGUGCAGGCAACUGAAAUCAUUCUCGUCGACUCUUCUCUCUUGCCCUACCACAAAAGCCAAGAAUCCAUAUAUACGAAAUGGCCCCCCCCAAUGAACAGAGUCUUUUCCAAGACAUCCAAGCCGAGCUACAGGCCAAAAGACAGCGAUUCACGCAGCUGGAACAAGAAGAGACUCAGGUGCUAGCCUACAUGAAUGAUCUUGAGGCUCAGGCACACGCAAUGCAACUGCUGAACACGAGUGCCAGGGAGGCUCAAAAUGCCCGUUUCAUGCAGAAUACCGGCAUGACGGUGGGGCAACAGAUUCACAACCAGAGGGCGAAACUCAAUGGAAUCAGAGCCAAUUUGGCCGCUGUGCGAGACGCAAUUGAAUUACUCAGUCAUUCAUAGUGUAUAACUCAAUUCCCCCGAUCCCUACUGAUGAUAUACACUAGAUAUAUCGCGCCAAUGGUGAUAAGUGGCCACCGCGAGCGUGGCCUUUCGAGCUCAGCUUUCAGCUCCUGUUUUUUUCGGACUUCUCUUUCAACUCUUGCCAAGAGAUCCACUUCAUUCCCAUCCCUAAAGAUCUUGUCUGCUUUUUCGCUGAAAUCCUUCAACUUCCUCACCAGCCCGGCUUCUUGCUCUUGUGUGAAAAUUGGAUAGGAAAAGGUCACACGUUGUUCUACUCCCAACUUUUGUCUCUCCUUUUCAAAGUGUGCCAAUUCGACUACCUUUUGCUUCAUAAUUUCAAGUUCAGAUUGCCAAAUUCUCAAUUUAAAGAAUGCUUCCACUCGCUGGUUACGGUCCCAAUCGUAGUAACAAGAAUCUAGAG